UUAGAGUCAGUCAACAUUGUCACUAACAGGCCUUUUUAACUAUUUCUUCUUUCCCAAAAAACAAAUAGGAUGAUUUGGAUUUGCUUUCCUUAACGAUGGAUCUGUUGAAAAUGGAAAUAAAUAACCGUGAGCAUGGAAUGGUUAAAUUUGCUUCUUAAAAUUAAUGGGUUCGUACGAUAUUAUUGGAGUCCAAACCUCACACAGGUCUCCGAUUCUAUCGUUAAAAUGUCUCAAGCUAUGAAACCUGCAUGGCUAUAUGCCAUUAGCCCAAAAAAAAGUUUCCACGCCUAUGUAGAAUCAUGUGUCUCCCUAUUGAAAAACCUCCCCAGCAAAAGCUUGUUCACUGACGGAAGUGUCAUACAUGGACAUUUGAUCAAGAUGGGUGUUUCUUCAGAGAGAUAUAUAGCCGUAAGACUUCUAAUGAUGUACCUCAACGGCAGAAAAUCUCAUGAAGCUGAUCAAAUUGUUAAGGAUUUUCACGGGUUUGAUCUUGUCGUGCAUAAUUGCUUGAUCGGUGCCUACGUGAAGUGGGGAAAUCUCGCUGGUGCUCGCUGCCUGUUUGAACAAAUGCCCGAAAGAAACGAAAUCUCGUGGACUGCACUGAUAUCGGGUUUCAUGAAAUGUGGAAGAGUCGAAGAGUCAAUGUGGUACUUUGAGAGGAACCCAUUUCAGAAUGUGGUUUCUUGGACUGCAGUAAUUAGCGGGCUUGUGCAAAAUGGGUUUAACAUUGAAGCUUGGAAGUUUUUCGUGAAGCAGCUUGAACAUGGGGUCAAACCAAAUGAUGUUACUUUUACUUCUGUUAUUAGAGCUUGUACAGGCUCUGGUGAAUUUAGAUUGGGAAUGAGUGUUUUGGGGUUGAUCAUUAAAGAGGGCUUUGAACACCAUUUAUCGGUGUGCAAUUCGAUGAUCACAUUGACCUUGAGGAUCGGUGAAAUCAAUUUGGCUAGGAGAGUAUUUGAUCAAAUGGUAAAACGAGAUGCUGUUUCUUGGACUGCAAUCCUAGAUAUGUACGUUGAGAUGGGGGACUUGGGGGAAGCACGUCGAGUCUUUGACGAGAUGCCUGAGAGAAAUGAGAUAUCCUGGAGUGCAAUGAUCGCAAGGUACACGCAGAGCGGUUAUCCUGAAGAAGCGUUGAACCUCUUCUGUCAGAUGGUUCAACAUGGGUUUAACGCUAAUACCUCUUGUUUCUCUAGUGUUAUUAGUGCAUUGGCCAGUCUCAAUGCUUUUCGAGCGGGGAUGAACAUUCAUGCUCAUGUUAUCAAGAUUGGGAUUGAGGAAGAUGUCUUCAUCGGUGGUUCUCUACUUAGCUUCUACUGUAAAUGUGGAAAACUUGAAUAUGGUCGUUUGAUGUUUGAUUCAAAUUUGGAGAAGAACGUGGUUUCAUGGAACUCUAUGAUUGGUGGGUAUACUCUGAAUGGACAGAUGGAAGAAGCGAAGGCGUGGUUUGAUGACAUGCCUGUGCGAAAUAUUAUCUCGUGGAACACUAUGAUUGUUGGUUACACAGAAAACAAACAAUUUGAUAAAGCGUUUGAAGUACUCCAUGAGAUGCUUUUGUCAGGGGAAGUCCCUAACCAGUCCACCUUCUCAAGUGUACUUUGCGCUUGUGCAAGCAUAGCCUCAUUAGAUAGAGGCAAGAACCUCCAUGGGAAAUGCAUGAAACUUGGAUUUCAAUAUGAUAUUUUUGUGGGUACUGCCCUGAUUGAUAUGUAUGCAAAAUCUGGUGAUGUUGAAAGCUCCAAGCAGGUCUUUAAUAGAAUGCCAAAGAAAAACGAAAUUUCUUGGACUGUGAUGAUUCAAGGGCUUGCAGAAAAUGGUUUUGCCGAGGAAUCUCUUACUUUGUUUGAAGAAAUGGAAAGAACUUCACCUGUUGCUCCCAACGAGCUCAUGCUUUCUUCGAUUCUUUUUGCUUGUUCACACUCCGGUUUGAUUGAUAAAGGACUUAGGUACUUCGAUUCAAUGGAGGAGGUUUAUGGUAUAAAGCCUAAAGGAAGACACUACACCUGCAUGGUGGAUAUGCUGUCUCGAGCAGGACGUCUGUCUGAAGCUGAAAAGUUUAUCAAAUCCAUGCCAUUUCAGCCCGAAAUUAAUGCAUGGAAAGCUCUAUUGAGUGGCUGCACUAUCUAUAAAAAUGAGAAGAUGGCAGAAAGGACAGCUAAGAAGCUCUGGGAAUUAGCGCAGAAGAACUCUGCAGGUUAUGUAUUAUUGUCAGGUGUUUAUGCUUCAGCUGGUAGAUGGACAGAUGUUAGGAAUAUUAGGAAGUUGAUGAGGUUAAAAGAGUCGCAAAAGAGUCGUGGCUGUAGUUGGAUAGAGCUGAAAAAUCAUGUCCAUUCUUUUUACUCGGAAGAUGGAACUCACUCUCAGUCGGAUGAAAUUUAUGAAAUUUUAGAUCUGCUGAGAUCGGAAAUGCCGGUCCGUAAUAAGGUUUAUUCUCAAGUUCAAUCAUUUUAGCUGUAUUUACAGUUUUACUUGUACUUACCACAGGUAUUUUAUUAGUUUUUUUUAUUUUUUAUUUUUUAAAUUCAAAUUUUGAAUUUCAAAUUUUAUAAUUUUUCAAUGUAUCAAUAACUGAUAAUAAGUAAAUGUUUUUAUAA